CCAAUCCCCUUGGCACUGUUUCCAAUUUGCCGUUAACUAAUCCCAAGGAGGCCUCCCAAUCAACUGGAAUUUCACCUUUGAUGGGCGAAACAUUUGUCCUAUCUUCACCACCUAUACGGAUACUACCUAUACGGAUGGAAGGGAUCGAGGGUACGGCAACUCAACAAGUCGAAAGUAAUUUGAGGUGCGCCAAAUGUUCUGAAGAUCUUUCUUCAUGUCUCCCACCUAUAGGCUUUCUUCGGUUCUCUCCUCAACUUCAAGGUCCCUUGAAACCACUCAUAUACUUAACCUGCAAACAUAUCAUCCAUUACAAUUAUAUCGAUAAUCCACAAAAACUAUGUCCUAUAUGUCCAUCAACUAAUAUGGAACCGGAAGAGGAAGAAGAAAUGAGUGUUGAUGGCGAAGAACAACCUGAUACCAGCAGUAAAAAAUGUUCCAAUGAAGGUACGGACGUCAACUCAUCUACACCCAAGAAGAAGGCAAAGAAAGCAGUUAGAAGAGAAGAUUCACCCAUUUUGAAAAAGCUUAUCAAGGAAUUGUCCGCUCCAAUUCCACAGCAAAGCUCUUCUGGUAGUAUUAUUUCCCUACAGACAUUCCCUGAUAUGGAUAUUAACUCGGUUAAUUUUUGUGAACUAGAUGAUAAGAUCAUCAAUGCCGAAGAUGGUAAUAAAAAAACUAUUCUAGAAGUGAUUCAUGCAUAUUAUUAUUUUGGGAAAGGGCCAAGACAAAGUUUCAGAGGCUAA